GAAAUUGUAGUUCUUCCCCGUUCUCAAGAAUGACGUGCUCCAAAGGGGAAUAUUCUCAAUAUUUCUGACGAUAUAUAAAAGAUGCUGAGCAUCUCGAAAAUAUUCAUUCAGUUCUGAGUCUUCUAACAAGUCGACUACUAAAAAAAAAAAAAAAAUGAAAGGUCAACUCGCCGUAGCUAUUGCAAUUUGCAUCUUUGCAUUUGCCUCAGGAUUAAAAAGGCCACGAGACUGGACCAAAGAAGAAUUCCCUCCACGAUCCACAGGUCCUUAUGCUCCCGAAAGGCCAAAAGAAUGGCUUCGAUUGAGAAGACACGCGGAUCCUCAAGGAGGAAUCACUCUCUCAGGACAGAAACCCCUAAGUGGACCCGAUCGUCGACCAUCUCUUAAUUUAGAUUAUAACCAUCAGAUUCUUAAUAAUGGACGAACCAACCUCAAUGCUUAUGGAGGAGCCAACUGGACACCAGGUAGUCGAAUUGUCCCCCACGCUGGUGCGGAAUUCGGUCAUAAUUUCGGUCGUAAUGGAAAUGGAUUUAUUGGAGGAUUCGGACAGGUUCAACCUGGUCAUCAUGGUGGACUAAAUCCAUCCGUCGGUAUUGGUGGGCGUUACAGAUUCAGACGCGACAUUGAAGCCGAGGACGAAGAAACUUUAGAAUCUCUCGACGAUUUGCAAGAGUAAGAAAUUUAGCAAUCUCUUUAAAAAAAAUUAAAUUCUAUUUUUAUAUGUUAAUAUCAAAAAAAAGACUCGAAGACUACCUAGAAAUGCAUUUACUUUAAUUUAUCUAUGAAAUACUUAAACUUAAAAAAUAUAAAAUAAAAUACUUCAACUUAAAAACGAAUAUUACUAACAAAAUGCUAUUAGAAAUAUUUAUGAAAAACGAGUAUUAUUAUCAAGAAUAAGUAAUCUAAUUUCAACCUAAUUAAUGAUAAAGAAUUUUUUAAAAAAUUGUUUAAUAUUUUAAAGAUAGCGAAAAGUUUGUAAUUUUUUUUUUCUACAAAGUUAAAUAUCACUUAUUUAAUUAUUAAAAGUUCAGAAAAGUUUACUAUCACAAAAUAUUUGAAAUUCUACAUUAAAAAAAUAUUAAUGGAAAAUAAAAAUUAAUCGAUAAACAUUGUAUGUAAUUUAAAUUGCUAAGUAUUAAAAUAAAGUGCUACCUCAUCAUGAGAA